AUGCGCACCUCGUACCUGCCGCUUGCCGCUUGCCUGGCCGGAGUGGGCUGGGCAGCAUCACCCCUGUAUGAGACCGUCAUCAACAUCACCGACUUCGGUGUGGUGCAGGGCAGGGCAGCGCUGAACAGCUCGCAAGGUGGCCAUGUGCCCAAUUGGGAGGACAUCUCCUUCUUCGGCGGCGUGCCCUACGGCGCCGACACGUCGGGCGCCAACCGCUGGCUUGAGUCGCAGCGCGCCACGGCCUGGACCGGCACAAAAAACACCACAGACUUCGGUCCCCUCUGCCCCUUUGCUGGAAACCCCCAGGAUAUGGUUGCGCGCUAUGGCGAGAGCGAGGACUGCCUGACGCUCAACAUCUGGACCCCCGCCACGUCUGCCGACGACCUCCUGCCUGUGGUCUUCUGGACUGUUGACGAUGGCACCGUCCCGCCGCAGUCCGUGUACGAGGGCUCCGGCCUGGCCUCCCAGGGCGUCAUCUUCGUGACGUACAACUACCGCAGCGGCGUGCUCGGCUGGCUCGCCGACCCGGCCCUCGUCGAGAGCUUCGGCAAUGUCGCGGCGACAAACAACGCCACCGGCAACUGGGGCCUGGAGGACCAGCUCCACGCCUUCAAGUGGGUGUCGGCCAACAUCGCCCUGUUUGGCGGCGACCCCGACCACAUCACCGUCGCCGGCCAGGGCAGCGGUGCCGCCACCGUCCUGCAUCUGCUCAACAACGAGGAGGUGGUUGAGUUCGACCUGAACAUCCACAACGCCAUCGCCCAGUCCGGGCUCCGCUAUCCUAGCGACCCCGAGCUGCAGCACGAGUCCGGCGCCGGCGCCUACUUCAACCAGACGUACGCCAAGGAACUCGCAGUCGGCGUGCUGGACGGCCUCAACGUGUCCACCGUGGCCGAGGCGCGCGCCUUGUCGUACGAGCAGCUCGUUGAGGCCACCGCCAACGUGUCCUUCAGGCCCAACCUCGAUUACUACCUCAUCCCCGAGACGUACGCCCUCGACUUGCAGAACGGCUCUGCCACCAAGGUCCCGGUCCUGACGGGCCAUGUUGCUGAUGUAGAAACCAGUGCCGUCGUCACCACCACCACCACCACCACCACGACUGGCUAUCAAACUUUGCUCCAGUCCCGGUAUGGCAGCAGUUGGGACUCCUCCUUCCUCGCUCUCUACCCAAGUGCGAACGACACCCAGACUCUCGUCCGCGAUCAAGCCCGCGUCAGCAGCUGGGCCUUCGCCGCCGACUACACCGACUCGUCCGGUGGCCUGCCCACCUACACAUACUACUGGGACUACGCCUCCCCGCUGAGCAACGGCCGCGCAAGCCACGGCAGCGAGAUCCCCUACGCCCUGAACAACCUGUGGGCGCAGGCAGGCGCCAACCUCACGACGCAGGAUUACACAGUCGCCAGUCUCCUGAGCGCCUACUGGGUCAACUUCAUCAAGACGAGCGAUCCAAGCAACUCGACCUUGGCCACCAACGAGACCGCCCUGCCGGCUACCUGGAACGCCAACUCGCCCACUGACAACACGACCUUCCGUGUCGGCAGUGCGUGGGAGGAGAUCCCCAUCGCCGGUUCUGUUGACAAGAUUGCUUUGUUUGAGGAGUUCUUCGCGGCCCAGACUCCGUCCUGA